AUGGAUGUAUUUAGACGAUCACUUCGAAUAUCUGGAGCAGACAGAAUUAGAAACGAUGAAAUAAGGAAUCGGAUGGGGGUAGAUGGAUUACUGGCAACAGACAUAGAAAGGAAACAACUUAUAUGGAAUGGCCAUGUUCAAAGAAUGCCAGAAACAAGACUACCAAAAAUCGCCAUGAAAUGGAUACCACCAAAUCGUAAGAAACGAGGAAGACCAAAAAGAACAUGGAAGGAGGGAAUAACAAAGGCAAUGAGCUCCCGAGACUUGACCGAAGAACACGAUAUAUAUAUAUAUAUAUAUAUAUAUAUAUAUAUAUAUAUAUAUAUAUAUAUAUAUAUAUAUAUAGUGAGACACCCAGUUUUCUUAUAGUUAAUUGUUAUUUAAAAAAUUUGUUAAGUUUUUGUCGAUAUGGAAU